GGUGGCAUGGAGGCUCUCGCCAGUCAGAUGGGGAAUGGUCGCGAUGGAAGCUCCUCCCCAAACUCCAAGCAGGAGCUGCAGCCCUACUCGGGCUCCAAUCCCCUCAAGCCCAACCAGGUCGGCGAGACGUCCCUGUACGGGGUGCCCAUCGUCUCCCUGGUCAUCGACGGCCAGGAGCGGCUGUGCCUGGCGCAGAUCUCCAACACGCUGCUCAAGAACUACAGCUACAAUGAGAUCCACAACCGGCGGGUGGCCCUGGGCAUCACGUGCGUGCAGUGCACCCCGGUGCAGCUGGAGAUCCUGCGGCGGGCCGGGGCCAUGCCCAUCUCGUCUCGCCGCUGCGGCAUGAUCACCAAGCGGGAGGCGGAGCGGCUGUGCAAGUCCUUCCUGGGCGAGCACAAGCCGCCCAAGCUGCCCGAGAACUUCGCCUUCGACGUGGUGCACGAGUGCGCCUGGGGCUCGCGGGGCAGCUUCAUCCCGGCCCGCUACAACAGCUCCCGCGCCAAGUGCAUCAAGUGCGGCUACUGCAGCAUGUACUUCUCGCCCAACAAGUUCAUCUUCCACUCGCACCGCACGCCCGAGGCCAAGUACACGCAGCCCGACGCCGCCAACUUCAACUCGUGGCGCCGACACCUCAAGCUCAGCGACAAGACGGCCACGGACGAGCUGAGCCACGCGUGGGAGGACGUCAAGGCCAUGUUCAACGGCGGGACCCGAAAGCGGACCUUCUCCCUGCACGGGGCCGGUGGCGGAGGAGGAGGAGGAGGGGGAGGAGGAGGCGGCAAGGCCGGGGGUCCCGGGGCCGUCUCCGGCUGCGGGGCGGAGCUGGCCCCGCCGCCCCCGCACAAGAGCCUCCGCUGCGCGGCCGACGACGACGCGCCCGUCCCCCCGGGCCCGCCCGUCCCCCCGCCCGGGCCCCCGCACCCUCCGCACCCUCCGCCGCCCCCGCUGCCCCCGCACCCGCCGCGGGGGUUGGGCCUGGCCGGGGCGGGCGGGGGCGGCGGGGGUCCCGGGGCCGGCGGCGGGGGCCCGGCCGGGCCCGGCGUGCGCAGCUACCCCGUCAUCCCGGUGCCCAGCAAGGGGUUCGGCCUGCUGCAGAAGCUGCCGCCGCCGCUCUUCCCGCACCCCUACGGUUUCCCCACCGCCUUCGGCCUGUGCCCCAAGAAGGACGACCCGGUGCUGGGCGGCGGUGGCGGGGAGCCCAAGGGCGGCGGGGGCGCGGGAGGCGGGGGACACCUGCCGCCGGGGGCCGGGGCCGGCGGCGGUGGGGUCGUCGUCGGCGGCGGCGGGGGCGGCGGCGGCGGCGGCGGGGCCAUGUUCUGGGGUCACCCCCCGGCCGGGGCCGCCAAGGACGCGGCCUCCGUGGCCGCCGCCGCCGCCGCCGCCGCCGUCUACCCGACCUUCCCCAUGUUCUGGCCGGCGGCGGCGGCGGCGGCGGCGGGCAGCCUCCCGGUGCCGCCCUACCCGGGCCAGAGCCAGGCCAAGGCGGUGGCGGCCGCGGUGGCGGCGGCGGCGGCGGCGGCGGCGGCGGCGGCGGCCGGAGGCGGGUCCGAGCCGCUGGAGGUCGGGGUGGAGGCGGCCAAGGAGGGCGGCGAGGAGCGGUGCGCGAGCGCCCCCUCGCGCGGGGGCGGCGGCGGCGGGGACGAAGAGGGCGCGGACGAGGGCGGACCGCCUCCGCCGCCGCCGCCGCUGGGCCCCCUGCCGCCCCCGCCGCCUCCCCCGCCGCCGCCGGGGCCCGCGGCGCGCAAGGCCCCCUACGUGUCCGCCUUCCGACCCGUGGUCAAGGACAGCGACAGCAUCGCCAAGCUGUACGGCACCACCCGCGAGGCCUACGGGGCCGGGGUCCGCGGCGGCGGCGGCGGCGGCGGCGGCGGCGGCGGCGGCGGCGGCGGGGCCGGGGCCGGCGGGUACCUCAGCCCGGACUUCCUCAGCGAGGGCAGCUCCAGCUACCGGUCCGCCUCGCCCGACGCCGACACGGGCGACGAGCCCGAGGUGGACGUCGAGUCCAACCGCUUCCCCGACGACGACGAGCCCGAGCCCGACGACGGGCCCGACCCCGCGGCCCUGCCCGCGCUGCCCGGGGACCGGGACGGGGACGGCGACCCCGUCGCCAUCAUCUCCGCCGCCGCCGCCGCCCCUUCCUCCUCCUCUUCCUCCUCCUCCUCCUCCUCCUCUUCGUCCUCGGCCUCCUCGUCCUCCUCGGGCGAGGGCCCGGCCGACUCCUCCGACGGCGGCAGCCCCCGCCGUCUCCGACACCGCUUCGGCGAGGUCCUGCAGCCGCCGCCGCCGCCGCCGCCGCCGCCCCCGGCGGGCGAAGACAACUCGCGGCGGCCCGAGAGGAGCCCCGACUAUGAGCUGCGGGAGCCGGGCGGGACGCUGGCGGGCCCCAAGGUGUACACACAGGCAAGGGACGAGCAUUUGCAGACGCUGAAGAGCUCCUCCACGUUGGGGCCCGCAGCCACUUACCACUGCAACCCUGAGGCAAAUGAGCAAGAUAAAGAAGACAAUCACUCAACAGCCGAGGAUUUACAGACGAGGAAAUCCUAUCAAGACCAAAGGAAUGUCUCGCAGCUUAGCCCUGUAAAUACUGACCGAGGGGACGAAGGACUAACUCUGGAUGUAACUGGAACUCCGCUAGGUGAGAAAGACAUCGAGAACCUGGCAAAAGACGAAUUGCAAAAAUUGCUUCUGGAGCAAAUGGAACUGAGAAAGAAACUAGAACGGGAGUUUCAGAGUCUCAAAGAUAAUUUUCAGGAUCAGAUGAAGAGGGAAUUGGCUUAUAGAGAAGAAAUGGUGCAACAGCUGCAAAUUGUCAGAGACACCUUGUGUAAUGAACUAGAUCAGGAACGGAAGGCACGUUAUGCCAUUCAACAGAAAUUAAAAGAAGCCCACGACGCCCUCCACCACUUCUCCUGUAAGAUGCUCACCCCCCGCCACUGCACAGGCAACUGUUCCUUCAAACCUCCCCUCCUGCCCUAGCCGCGGCGUGGCGAGCCCGCCGUGGGGGCCCCUACAAGCCAUCCUCCUCCUCUGUAAAUACCGGGCAGCGACGGAAAACGACAAACAAGCCAUUUAUAUCAGCCCCGUGUAAAUACCGAACUCUGAAGACCCAGACCCCGGCCCCGCCCCCACCCUUUCCCCUGCCCCCACCCUGGGAGCCAGGGGCAACCUUUCCAAGAGUGUAAAUAUCGCCUAAAACCAAGUUGAAAUUCAGGACAUCGGAACACAAACGGUUAAAUGGACCAAAAAUAAAUAAAUAAAUUUCCCCACUAAAAAAAAAAAAAAACCGCCUGGAGGAGACUGUCCGUGGUGAUUGCGCUCUGACCGCCCCUGCAAACGAUCCUGGCCGUGUUCAUUGUUCAUCUCUACCUAUAUGUCCACUUCUUAAACUCUUGUUCCUAAUGAAAAAGUGGCUAUGUGCAAUGGAUAUAAAUGUACUGUGAUUCUCUUGGUACAGUAUUGGUUUAAUUUAAUUUAUUUAUGAUGUAAUUUAUUUGGCUUUUCCCAUUCUCUCCCCCCCCCCCCUUUUUUUUUGUAAAUUAUUGAUGUAACAGCACUUUAAAGGGCGCCUACCGAUUC